AUGCUGCUUAACAUUCGUGCCGUUGCUUCGCUCUUCGUCCUUGCUCUAUCUGUAAUCGCGUCCCCCGCUACUAUUGAUCACGCACACAAUGACAGAGUCGCCUUAGCUACUAGAGCAGAUGGUACAAAGGUUGCAGUUGUUACUUGUAUGGAUCCACGCAUCAACGUCGAUUUUCUGUUAAAGCAGCUUAAGCUUUCAAGUUCUACUUCUUAUAUUAUUCGUAAUGCUGGGGGUCGGGCUAAGGAAGCUCUUCGAUCGGUUAUGGUAAGCCAGGAGUUCCUAGGAACAAGCGAAGUAUACGUUAUACAUCACACCGAUUGCGGAAUGGCCGACAAGUCGGAAGAAGGCAUGCGUAGGGCCCUUUAUAAGAAAGACGACCUCACUCGUACGUACAUGCUCAACCAAAUGAGUUUCCUUCCUAUUCGGACCAAGAACUACACGGAAUCUGUCCUCGACGAUGUUGCUCUCGUGACACACCACCCUCUCCUCAAGCCCAACGCCAAGGUUUCUGGAUAUAUCUACAAUAUCGGAACCAACGGGGGGAGAGACAGCGUGAAGCAGGUUUACCCUUGA